CUGACAUUAACAUGACGUACGACAGACAGGUCCUGCACUUAGCUUUGUCCGUCUGACUGGUCUACCUACCGGUCCGCAUCCCGCGUGAAUAUCACUGAACCACCAACGCGUCCAUCACCGCACCAUCCACCAACGCACACCUUCCCCAUUCCCUUUUCCCACCCUCUCUAUCCACCAAGCACGGCAAACAGACAUACAGACAGGUGCACUGUGUGUUGUCUGUAAUUGCAGGCAAGCACAACUGACUGACGGCCAGGCACACUCCCUUCCAGUCUGUUUCAAUUGUUUUACGGAGUCCCUCCGUCGAGCUCAGAUUUCUCCAUGUACAGUGCACUGGAUGAAAAUGACCUAUCAGAUCUGCCUGUGUCUACAUAUCUGCCUUCGUCGAGGCGGUCUGUCGCUCAUAAACUUACUCUUACUAGGACAGACACGUACGACAAAGAACGACACAAAAACUGACCACACAGCCCACACCCCAGAGCAGCCUUCACCAACACGAAACACAGGGCUAGGCCAGCCAAGGAAGGUCGCUCAUUGGCCAUCAGCAAUCCUGCGGGUUCCCCACUGUCUCAGGAGGGACGUUCUGCUGUGGCAGUGCCGUCCAUUGUGUACUCCUCUGUCUACUGUCUUCAUCCAUAUCGAACAUCACUCCAGAGAAGUAGGUGAGGAGCGCACAGAGGAAACAAACGAGAAUAUUGUAGCCGCUAAACACCGCCUCCCCGGGUAUACACUUGGUUUCAUGUAGGUCAUCUUUGGAGACGAUGCCCUGGACGAUGCUGCGAGAAUAACGAGCGGAACGAAAGGACAGGAACCAACCCAGCACCAGAAGAAAGGCGCCACCCAGCACAGCUGCCAUGGACAGGUCAAUCAGCUUAAGGGGUUUCCGAGACUUAACAGCGGCCUCCAGACAUCCAAAGCCACAGCAAGCCACAACCAUCAAGAAGAGAGCCAGACUCGCCGUGACAUAGAACUUGAUGCCCACUGCCUUGGCCUUCCGCCACUUAGUCUCCAUCUCGUCGUUUCCUGCUGCUUUGUCGAUCAGGAAGUCAUAGGAUGCUCGGCAGUGACAGUGGACGACGUCAGGUUGCUCUCUCAGGCGCUCACGAGUCUUGACGCUCUCCUUGCAGUGCUCGAACUGCAGUUCGCCAGUGAGAGGCGUCUUGACGCUCUCACUGAGAGGCGUCUUGACGCUCUCACUGGCACAGCGGACGUCCCCCGACGCAAAGCAGUCAACUUCUUCGUUGUCACGGCAGACACGGUGGAGCUCGACCUCCAGGUAGUAGAUCUGCAGACUCGUCCAUUGCUCAAUCUUCAUGAGGGACAGCUCUCUUGAGGCGAAGGCCGUACACACUGACCAGGAGCGGCCAGCCAGAGUCGAGAGGAGCGGAGUAAGGGCCAGAAUGAGAGGAAGGAGAGUGAGCCGGCGCGUCUUCAGUGAGAGUUUCUCGUCAUCAUCGCUCAUCUCGACUAUGUGCUGAAGACGUUGCUGAAGUGGC